GCAGUAGGUAGACAGGUGUGCUUGAGUGUGUGUUUGUUGUGAUUGCUUACUUUAUAUGGAGAACGCGUCGUAAGCAUUUUAUGUGCGCGACGCCGGCGUUCAAUGUUAGUUUAUUAAACGUGGCGGCCAAAGCCGGACGGACAAUUCAAUUGAACAUUACGUUGAAAGUGUUGAAGCAAAGCGCACAAAAACACAACGCGGCUGUAAUUGUUGAAGAGUGCUCUGUGUGCUAUUAGAAUUUCUCGAAUUUUUGGAAUAAUUUCAAAAUCGUGCAAAAACGUUGAUUAUACAAUUCGAUUGCAAGUGCUGGCGUUUUAGUGGAACGACGUAGUAUUUUGUUUAAAAUAUAACGAAAUUAAAAAACAAUUUUGUGGAAAAAAUUAUAAAAAUAUUAAAAAAAAAAAUUUGAGAAAAUUUAGAAAAAAAUCUGAAAAAAACAGUUAAAAAAAUUUAAUUAAGAAAAUUUGUAAAAAAAAAUUAUGAAAAUGCUUACCACACAAAACCAUUGCAACUACCGUCACUCCCCCUUCGCCGUAGUGCAAAUGCUAUUCUUAUUAGCAAUAUGCGCCUACUCCGUAGCCAGUGUGCCAAGGUUCGCGCUCGCUAUAGAAUCGCUUGAGGAGGAGUCGUCGGUCGCCAGCAACUCGGUGGAGGAUUUCGAGGAGAGUUUCGCUGCCGAUAAACUGCUAGCGAAGGACACGGUCCUGAAGAAGAAUCCGGCGAAUAUUGGCAACAAAUUGAAAGAGCUGUGGGAACAAAUACCGGAGCAUACGUUGAAUGCGUUGGAUAUCAAAAAGUGAAGGAGCAGAAAAUAAGCAAUAAAUGAUUGAAAUGCGGUGGCAUAAGCAAUUGAAGGAAAGGGGGAUGGGGGAUGAA